GGGUCUUUCAUUGCAAAUUGAGGAACCCAAUGCCCUUCAUCUGUCCAAGUAUAAAAAAGAGUAGACGCCGACGAUGUGCCGACAGACAGGGAGGCCGUGUCGCAAGAAGUCUGAUCAAUCUCGCUUUCAUCGGAGAAAGGCUUGAAGAUGUCGACUGUGAUCGUUCCUCCGACCGUCCCCUCCCCAUCCGAAGAUUGCGAGCAACUUAGAGUUGCUUUUGCCGGUUGGGGAACAAACGAGAAGUUGAUUAUUUCCAUAAUUGGGCACAGAAAUGCAGCCCAACUCAAAUUAAUUAGGAAUACCUAUUCUGAACUUUAUGGAGAAAGUCUCCUGAAGGAUCUAAAGGAGGAGCUCUCAAAUGACUUUGAGAGUGCUGUGCUUCUGUGGACCUUGGACCCAGCUGAACGUGAUGCAUUGUUGGCCAAUCAAACUAUUAGGAGGUGGGAUCCUAAAAACCUUGUCCUCAUAGAGAUAGCAUGUGCAAGGUCUCCAAAGGAACUACUGCUUGUUAGAGAGGCAUAUCAUGCUCGCUUUAAGAGAUCAAUUGAAGAGGAUGUUGCACCACACGUAGAUAGCGGCUACCGUAAGCUUUUGGUGGGUCUAGUUAGUUCAUAUCGCUAUCCUGGAGUGGAGGUUGAUAGUGAUCUUGCAAAGAAAGAGGCAGAGAUACUGCAUGACAAGAUAAAUGGCAAUGCUGUGAAUCAUGAAGAUGUAAUCAGGAUCUUGACUACCCGUAGCAAAGCACAGUUGAGUGCAACAUUUAGCCAUUACAAGGACUCUUUUGGGAACCCUAUAGACGAGGAUCUUAAGGUUGAUUCCAAAGAUGAGUAUGUAUGUGCACUGAAAGCAGCGAUACAAUGCUUAGUAUUUCCAGAGAAAUAUUUUGUGGACGUUCUCAGCAAGGCAAUCAACAGACUUGGAACUGAUGAAGGAGCAUUAACCAGGGUGGUGGUUACACGAGCUGAAGUUGAUAUGAAGCAGAUCAAGGAGGAAUACCUCAAAGUGAAUGGUGUCGGGUUGGACAAAGCCAUUGUGGAUGAUACCUCAGGUGACUACCGGGAGUUGCUUCUCACCUUGAUAGGCCAUGGAGAUGCCUGAUGCCUUCCAUUGUCCAAUAUUGGACAAAGCCAUUGUGGAUGAUACCUCAGGUGACUACCGGGAGUUGCUUCUCACCUUGAUAGGCCAUGGAGAUGCCUGAUGCCUUCCAUUGUCCAAUAAUGUUAGUUUGAGCCUGCGAAGCAGCAAACCGUGUUUGUACUGUGGUUUGACAGUUUUCUUGCAUGUGGGGAAAUUUUGCAUAAAACCGGACUUCUAUCACAUAUUUCUUUGACGGUUUCUGUUAAGUGGUAAGCGAUGACUUUUCUUUAA